AUGGCCGCCUCCGCCAGAGCAUCAUGGCAGCGCCCCUCUCCUCUCCUCUCCUCGCCGAGCAAGAUUAUUCUCUUCCAUCGGCAGUGCUUCGACUUCUACGCCGAGUUACCAUCCGCCGCCUCCCGCGAGCUCUCCCUCCACCAACAGCUCCACUUCCUGCUGCCGAAGCUCUACGUCCAGCUGCAGCACCAUGUCCAUGUCUGCCUCCAUGUCCUGCUGCUGAAGCUCCACGGCCAGCUGCAGCACCAUGACGAGGAGGUCGUCGUGGAGGGGUCCGCUCUAGCUGCCUCCGGCGGGAUAACGAGGACCACGACGACGACGAGCGCUGAUCUGGAAGCGGCGACCAGCGGGUUCAGGUCGCAGAUCGGCUCCGGCGGGUUCGGGUCCGUGUACCGCGGCGAGCUACCCGACCGCAGCACCGUGGCCGUGAAGCGGAUGAACAGCCUGGGCACGCAGGGGCGGCGCGAGUUCCUGACGGAGAUCGCCGUGAUCGGCAACGUCCACCACGUGAACCUGGUGAAGCUGCGCGGCUUCUGCGCCGACCACUCCCGGCAGCUCAUGCUCGUCUACGAGUUCAUGUCCCGCGGCUCCCUGGACCAGUCCCUCUUCCUCUCCCGCUCCGGCAUCAAGAAGACGCAGGCCUUGCUGGAGUGGCCGGAGCGUGUGGGGGUGUGCGUGGGCGCGGCGCGCGGGCUGGCGUACCUGCACGCCGGGUGCGACCGCAAGAUCCUGCACUGCGACGUGAAGCCGGAGAACAUCUUGCUGGACGAGCGCGGCAGCGUCAAGAUCGCCGACUUCGGGCUCGCGAAGCUGCUCAGCCCGGAGCAGUCGGGGCUGUUCACCACGAUGCGCGGCACGCGCGGGUACCUGGCGCCGGAGUGGCUCACCAACGCGCCCGUGUCCGACAAGGCCGACGUGUACAGCUUCGGCAUGGUGCUGCUCGAGAUCGUGCGCGGCGCCAAGAACUCCAAGCUGCUGCUGCAGGACGACCACGACGACACCGCCAGCACCUCCGCCGUCUCCAGCAGCGCCUCGUCGGAGGGCCACGGCAGCUACUUCCCGGCGGUGGCGCUGGAGGCGCACGAGGAAGGCGGCCGGCGGUACGCGGAGCUGGUGGACGCGAGGCUCGAGGGACGCGCGAGCGCGGCGGAGGUGGCGCGGGUGGUGAGGGUCGCGCUGUGCUGCCUGCACGAGGACGCGUCGCUGCGCCCGGCCAUGACCGCCGUGGCCGCCAUGCUCGACGGCAGCAUGGACGCGUGCGAGCCCCGGACGGACCAGCUCGCCUACCUCAGGAUGUACGGCCGAGGCAUCGUCGGCGGCGGCAGCAAGUGGAAGGGCUCGGAUAUCACCACCGGCGGCGCUAGCAGCAGCUGGUCGCCGCCGUCGUGCGUGUCCGCGCAACAGCUCUCCGCUCCCAGAUAG